AUCCUAUGAUUCUUAAAUCAUCUGAUUUAGAAAAUCAAUCUAUGGUAACAGAUUUUAUUCUGUUGGGUCUCUCCAAUGAUCCACUGGUACAGAAUGUUCUUCUUCUCUUGUUCAUGGUCAUGUAUUUAUUCACAAUUUUGGGCAAUAUGGUAAUUAUAUUGGUGAUCAAAUCUGAUCUUCACCUUCAGGCCCCCAUGUUCUUCUUUAUCAGCCAUUUAGCUUUUGUUGACAUCUGCUGUUCUUCAGUCACUGUUCCCAAGAUGCUGGCAAACUUCCUAAUGAACCAGAAAACAAUUUCCUGGGAAGGAUGCAUUGCACAAAUUUCUUUCUUUUUCCAAAUUGCUUGUACAGAAGUAUAUAUCCUUGCAGCAAUGGGUUAUGACCGAUAUGUGGCUAUCUGUAACCCCUUGCAUUACAGCAUAUACUUGACAAGAGAGAGGUGUAAUAAAAUUGUGGCUGGAGCCUGGCUCCUGGGUUUCUUUUAUUCUAUGGUAAAUGUAGUACCAUUGCAAAAUCUUCAUUUUUGUGGCAACAAUAUAAUCAGCCACUAUACCUGUGAACUUCCUACACUUUUGGCCUUAUCAUGUGCAAACACCUUUACUAAUUACAUUAUUCUUUUCAUAUCUGUGAUGCUGUUUGGUUUCAGUUCACUUCUUACAACACUUGUCUCUUAUAUUUACAUUAUUUUAACAAUCCUGAAAAUUAAAUCAGUGGAAGGCAGGCAGAAAGCUUUUUCUACAUGCAGCUCCCAUCUCAUUGUUCUGGGCUUAUUUUACAUUUCUGCUUUGAUUCGCUAUAUGAAGCCAAGUUCAGAAUCACUCAUGGAUCUGGACAAAGUGAUUUCUAUUCAGUAUAGGAUUUUAACUCCAAUGCUAAAUCCAAUUAUAUACAGCCUGAAAAACAAAGAUAUCAGAUCUGUUCUAUUGAAAAUGUCUGGAAAAU